AUGGUCACCUCGGCUAUCAAAGAGAAGAAGGGUUCGUCGUUGCCAGCCAUUAAAAAAUACUUGGCCGCCAAGUUGGCGUCCUUCAUCAGGAAGUUUUUGAAAGCAGCCGUCACCAACGGUACCGGCGCUUCCGGACGCUUCAAGUUGCCCGUGGCCGAGGUCAAGCCGAAAAAGAAGAAAUCGAUCGUCAAAAAAGUCGUUAAAGCCGCCGGAACACCGAAGAAAAAGAAAAUCGCAGCCGCCAAGAAACCCAAGCGCAAAAAACCCAAAUCGAAGACGACUCCAAUCAAGAAAGCCGCUGCACCCAAAAAGAAGUAA